AAAUUAAUCAAGCUAGCAAUGGUAACUGCAAUGGCCUUGUUUUCUCCUCCGACUCAUUUCUCAACCGCACCUUCCAAAACCCAUUUUAUUUACAGUCCCUUCAUCAUUCUCAGACCCAACAGCCCUUUGUUUCUACUCUCACCCUUUAAGGUUUCAGCUCUCAAUGAGGUUGGACCCAUAUCUUCAGUGCACAACAAUGGGUCUGUUGCUGCAGUGGUCGCUGCUUUUGAGGACCCAAGAUGGCUUGGAGGAACGUGGGACUUGACACAGUUUCAGAAAAAUGGCAACCCUGAUUGGGAUGCUGUUAUUGAUGCGGGUCAGAGGAGAAAAUGGCUUGAGGACAAUCCGGAGUCAUCAAGUAAUGAUAAGCCCAUAGUUUUUGACACCACCAUUAUACCUUGGUGGGCAUGGAUGAGAAGGUUACAUCUUCCUGAAGCUGAACUACUUAAUGGUCGUGCUGCAAUGAUAGGAUUCUUCAUGGCUUAUCUGGUUGAUAGCUUGACAGGGGGAGGUGGAGUUGACCAAAUGAGCAACUUCUUUUGCAAAAUUCUUUUGUUCAUAGCAGUGGCUGGAGUAGUUCUGGUUAGAAAGAAUGAGGACAUUGAAACUCUUAAGAAGCUAUAUAUGGGAAGAGACUACAUUUUGUGACAAGCAAUGACAAGCAACCUGGAAGAAUGAGAAUUCAAGCACUUCCAUAACAGAUUAGAGGAUUUUCUUUGUUUGGAGUUUCUCUUCUCCUUUGUCUCCCUUAUAUAGAUUAUGUCUUUCA